GACACCCUUCUCGAAACAGAUCGAUAAGGGGCAGAGCAACCGCCGUAAGUGGUCUGGGAAUCUUACUACUGUUUGUUUCCCGUGAAAGAGUGGGAAAAUGGGACAGGAAAAAAACAGUGUGGUCAUGAAGAAGAGUAAGGGCUCUAUACGCUCCAUAUUCAUGCACGCGGAUGGUGUAGACCUGUGUUUGAUGGCUCUUGGGAUCCUUGGGUCCGUUGGUGAUGGGUUCUCAACGCCGCUGGUGUUGUACAUCAGUAGCAAGUUGAUGAACAAUAUCGGCGAUGCAUCAAGUUCGUUAACCGAGAGUUUUACGCAGAGUAUCAACAAGAAUUCAGUGGCUCUAAUGUACUUGGCUUGUGGGUCAUUCGUAGCUUGUUUCCUAGAGGGGUAUUGUUGGACCAGAACUGGCGAGAGACAGGCCACAAGAAUGAGAGCCACAUAUUUGAAGGCAGUGCUACGGCAAGAUGUGGGUUACUUUGAUUUGCAUGUGACAAGCACAUCGGAGGUUAUAACGAGUGUCUCUAACGAUAGCCUCGUUAUCCAAGAUGUUAUAAGCGAAAAGGUACCAAAUUUUUUGAUGAAUGCUUCGAUGUUCAUCGGAAGCUAUAUAGCAGCGUUCCUAUUGCUAUGGAGGCUAGCUAUUGUGGGGUUUCCAUUUAUUGUGCUUUUGGUGAUUCCUGGUUUGAUGUACGGGAGGACCCUAAUGGGCCUGGCGAGGAAGAUCAGGGAAGAGUAUAAUCAGGCGGGUACAAUAGCGGAGCAGGCAAUAUCGUCCAUCAGAACCGUAUAUGCCUUUGUUGGGGAAAGCAAGACAAUUUCAACGUUCUCUGUAGCACUGCAAGGGUCGGUGAAGCUGGGGCUGAGGCAGGGCUUGGCUAAAGGCUUGGCCAUCGGAAGCAACGGUGUCGUUUUUGCUAUUUGGUCUUUCAUGUGUUAUUACGGUAGCAGACUGGUCAUGUACCAUGGAGCCCGCGGUGGCACUGUUUUCGUUGUUGGCGCUGCCAUUGCCGUUGGUGGAUUAUCGUUAGGUGCAGGUUUAUCCAACUUGAAGUACUUCUCCGAAGCAAUUUCAGCCGGAGACCGAAUAAUGGAAGUGAUAAAAAGAGUCCCCAAGAUUGAUUCCGACAGCAUGGAAGGUGAAAUUUUGGAACAUGUUUCAGGCAACGUGGAAUUCAAACACGUAGAAUUCGCGUACCCGUCAAGACCUGAGAGCAUUAUCUUUAAAGAUUUCUGCCUGGAGAUUCCAGCAGGAAAGACCGUGGCCUUGGUGGGCGGGAGUGGGUCAGGAAAAUCCACAGUGAUAUCACUGUUGCAAAGAUUCUAUGACCCACUUGCGGGAGAGAUACUUCUCGAUGGGGUUGCCAUUGACAAGUUGCAGCUCAAGUGGGUAAGAUCGCAGAUGGGUUUGGUGAGCCAAGAGCCUGCACUGUUUGCAACCACCAUUACAGAGAACAUACUUUUCGGAAAGGAGGAUGCUACCAUGGAAGAGGUUAUUGAGGCUGGCAAAGCUUCUAAUGCUCAUAAUUUCAUUUGUCAGCUUCCCCAGGGAUACGAUACCCAGGUUGGCGAGAGAGGUGUUCAAAUGUCGGGGGGACAGAAGCAGAGGAUCGCCAUUGCGAAAGCAAUAAUCAAGAAACCGAGAAUUCUCCUCCUAGACGAGGCUACAAGCGCGCUAGACUCAGAAUCCGAACGUGUCGUCCAGGAAGCCCUCGACAAGGCCGCAGUUGGCCGCACCACCAUUGUCAUUGCUCACCGCUUGUCAACCAUUCGAAAUGCGGACCUGAUUGCCGUUGUCCAAAAUGGCCAAAUCAUGGAGACAGGCUCUCACGACGAGUUGAUCCAAAACGAAGGCGGUCUUUACACUUCCCUUGUCCGUCUUCAACAGACAGAGAAACAUAAAGGCCCAGAAGAAGCCAAUUAUGCGAAUUCAUCUUCCAUAUCAAACACGGACAUCAACAAUACGAGCAGUCGCAGGCUGUCUAUAGUGAGCAGGUCAAGUUCUGCCAACUCAGUAGGGCCAAGCCGGGUUUCAUUUGCCGAGGAGGAUGGCGUAGAAGAUAAGAAGUUUCCAGUGCCAUCAUUUCGGAGAUUGUUAGCUUUGAAUCUCCCAGAGUGGAAGCAGGCAUGCUUAGGGUGUUUGGGUGCUGUGCUGUUUGGUGCGGUUCAGCCAGUGUAUGCUUUUGCAAUGGGGUCCAUGAUAUCCGUUUAUUUCUUGAAAAGCCAUGAUGAGAUUAAGGACAAGACAAUGAUAUAUUCGCUCUGUUUCCUAGGGCUGGCUGUGUUCUCUCUACUCAUUAAUAUCAUCCAGCAUUAUAAUUUUGCAUACAUGGGAGAAUACUUGACCAAAAGGAUAAGAGAGAGAAUGCUUUCCAAGAUACUCACUUUUGAAGUUGGGUGGUUUGAUCAGGAUGAGAAUUCAAGUGGUUCCAUUUGCUCUAGACUCGCCAAAGAUGCCAAUGUGGUGAGAUCCUUGGUGGGUGACAGAAUGGCCCUCAUUGUACAAACCUUCUCAGCAGUAAUUGUAGCGUGCACUUUGGGGUUGGUCAUUGCAUGGAGGCUCGCCAUUGUCAUGAUAGCCGUCCAGCCGAUCAUCAUUGUGUGCUUCUACACUAGGCGUGUCCUACUCAGAAACAUGUCCAGUAAGGCCAUCAAAGCACAAGACGAAAGCAGCAAGCUCGCUGCCGAAGCUGUUACCAACCUUCGAACUGUCACGGCCUUCUCUUCCCAAGACCGAAUCCUGAAAAUGCUUGAAAAGGCCCAAGAAGGCCCACGCCAAGAGAGCAUUAAACAAUCAUGGUACGCAGGAAUUGGGCUCGGCUUUUCCCAAAGCCUCACAACUGUCACCUGGGCUUUAGACUUCUGGUACGGUGGCAAGCUUAUCUCCAAAGGUUACAUCUCAGCGAAAGCUCUUUUUGAGACCUUUAUGGUCUUGGUGAGCACGGGCCGUGUCAUUGCCGAUGCUGGAAGCAUGACCUCCGACCUUGCCAAGGGCUCAGAUGCGGUCGGCUCAGUCUUUGCUGUUUUGGAUAGGUACACCAAAAUUGAGCCCGAUGAUCCAGAAGGUUACCAGCCAGGGAAGAUAACAGGCCGCGUAGAGCUUCGUGACGUUGAGUUUGCAUACCCAGCUAGGCCUGAUGUGAUGAUCUUCAGAGGCUUCUCGAUCAACAUAGAAGCGGGAAAAUCAACGGCGUUGGUGGGACAAAGUGGGUCCGGAAAAUCAACCAUCAUAGGGUUAAUUGAGAGAUUCUAUGAUCCACUCAAAGGGACGGUUAAAAUCGACGGUCGAGAUAUAAGGUCGUUCCAGCUUAGGUCGCUAAGGAAGCACAUUGCGCUUGUUAGCCAAGAACCAACACUUUUUGCUGGCACCAUUAGACAGAACAUUUCCUAUGGAGCGUCCGAUAAGGUGGAUGAAACAGAGAUCAUUGAGGCUGCCACACUAGCAAACGCUCACGAUUUCAUCGCGGGCCUAAAGGAGGGGUAUGACACGUGGUGUGGGGACAGAGGAGUGCAACUAUCAGGGGGACAGAAGCAACGUAUUGCAAUAGCACGUGCCAUAUUGAAAAACCCGUCGGUGCUAUUGCUGGACGAGGCGACCAGCGCGCUUGAUAGUCAGUCGGAGAAGGUAGUGCAGGACGCGCUGGAGCGCGUGAUGGUGGGGAGGACUAGCGUGGUGGUGGCGCACAGGCUGAGCACCAUACAAAACUGUGAUAUGAUUGCUGUGUUGGACAAAGGGAGGAUCGUGGAGAAGGGGACCCACUCAUCUUUGAUAGCCAAGGGGCCCAAUGGAGCUUACUACUCGCUAGUUAGUCUCCAAAGGAGACCGGAGACCAACCGCGAGGAGCAAUCUGGCCACUCAACUAACUUCUAAGUUGCGAUGAAAAAAACAGAAAAGGUUGAUGAAACUCGGAACAUUAUGGCACUACGGGUUGCUUAAGCUUUAAAUAAUUCUUUGUAGUAAUUAUCUAUCUUUUCUGUGUAAAUGUAUAUAGGCCGAGAGUAAAAGGCAUGCUUAAGAUUGCAAAAUGCAAAGUUUGCAUCUAUUUAAUUUAGUGUGCUAGCUGGCUAUGGAUUUUCAUCCACCUUUUGUACUCUUCUCCAUUGAGUGUUCUAAUUAA